CGGUGGAUGGAGGAAUAACAGCGAGCAAAACAUACAUCUGUUCUCUAAUAGACCCGUGUCACAGAAUGACCGAUGAAUAAACUGUCUCCUCAGGCCGUGACUGCGAUGGCCGCGCCGUUCGUUCCGGUCCCCGUGCCCUUCGAGCGAGCUCCGCGCCCGGACAGAGCCGCGUCCGUGGGCAGCGACAGGUGCUCGACUCCGCCGCGCCAGAGCCCCGUCACCCGCGCCAGGAUCACCGGGACCGAGCGCUCGGUGCAGUACUCCAGCUGCCCUCCUGACAGUCCUCCAGAGACCCCCCGACAGAGCUGGGACGAGCGGCCCAUCACACCCACCGUCUUGGGCUACGAGGUGAUGGAGGAGAGGGCCAAGUUUACAGUUUAUAAAGUUCUUGUGAGGAAGACUCUGGACGAGAGCUGGGUUGUGUUCAGACGCUAUACUGACUUCUCAAGACUCAACGACAAGCUGAAGGAGAUGUUUCCAGGGUUCAGACUGUCUCUUCCUCCGAAGCGCUGGUUUAAAGACAAUUAUGAGACAGAGUUCUUGGAGGACAGACAGCUGGGCCUGCAGGCCUUCCUCCAGAACCUUGUGGCCCAUAAAGACAUUGCCAACUGUGUGGCGGUGCGUGAGUUCCUGUGUCUAGACGAUCCUCCCGGGCCAUUUGACAGUCUGGAGGAGAGUCGGGCGUUCUGUGAGACUCUGGAGGAAUGCAACUACAGGCUUCAGAAGGAACUUCUAGAAAAACAGCGAGAGAUAAACUGCUUAAAGAAAACACUGGAAGAGAAAGAGCGGCACAUUCAGAUGCUGGAAGGGCGAGUCAACGGGGAUGUUCUCACUCCAGACAGUCCGUGUUGUGCAUCUGGAGCAGGCAGUGACUGCAGUCUGGACGUGGAGUCUUCUGCUGCGGAGGCUGAUCAGGAGCUGCCGGAUGAAAGCCAGGCUGUGCUCCGCUCGUCUCAGGGCUCCGUCUGUUGGUGCGGUCCGUCCGUCAGCAGUGGGUCACCUCCGGUCAUUCAGGUCACUCUUGAGCACUGAGCGUCUUUCAUCCAGUUUUAUUUGGCUCCUGUGCGGCGGAGACGAGGAGGCACCGUGUGACCUGCUCGCUGGACUCAGCCAAAGAGAGACGUUUAGUCCAAAGGUCAGGAAGCAGAAUCACUGACAAUCAGCGGCACACUGAGACCGCUGCUGGAAGAGCAUCUCUAUGUUCUCAGGGUCGCACCUGUGUUUUAAUUUGAGUUUGUGAGACUCGCACACGGGACUGGUCUCUGUUGGGCUCCUUCACGUUCUGACCCUGCACUCGUACGGUCACGCGCUAGUGGACUGUGUGGAUUUAAGUUUUCAGUUCCCUGCUUCACCGAAAGCCAUAUUCAGUGCUGAUCACAGCGAGGCCUGUCACUCCUGUCUGCAGUCGCUCUGUAGCGGGACACAUCCUGCACUUUACGGUCCUGAGGGAUUAUGGGAUAGAUGCUUCUACACUACUUGAUGAAAUCAUGUCGAACACCACGUUAAAGCUUCGUUUGAAGCUGUGUGCCUUCCCGCAGAGUUUCACUGAUGACACGGUGCCUUGCAUCUUUUCCCAGAGUUUUAUGUAUUUAAAUGACGUACAUAUUAAAAGGUGUUUUCUGUUGGUCUUGCCAGGGUUCUGUUUGCUUCUGGGGUUUUUUUUGUUUAGAUUGUGUCUUGUGCUUGAAUUAAUCAUGUUUUUACUUAGCCAAAGGACUGGGGAAGGGAUACAGGAAGAAGGUGAAGUGAUGCAGUGCUGCUCGUCUUCGACUGUGAUUUAAACUCCAUUGAACUCUACUGUCUUCACGUUUACAGCAAUAUCACACACAUUUGUUUCUGUUUAGCCUCAGAUGCUUCUGAUCAUCAGUUUCAUAUAACAGUGAUGUUUGAAGGAUCGUGGAUGGACUGAGGGAUAUUUUUGGUGGUGGAUUUUCCAACGUUGCGAUCAUUAGUGGAAUAUUUAAUUAAAAAGGCUUCUUUGUGUUCAGAAACGGUCCCUGGAGAUCUCUGUAUGUAGUUAAUAAAAACAGUGUGAAGUUAAUCUUGUACCUCACUGUCACUUUCUGUUAAAGAUCAAAGAUCUAAAACAGAGGAACCGGAGCCCUGGGCUUCGAAUAAACAUUUCAUUAAAUCUCACAAUAAACCUGCAUCAUACUGAAGAAGAA